CAUGGACGGAGUAGAGAGAAAAGUUUUUAACGGUUAGUGUGAGCUGUACUGUACAUUGUUGUUUAAAAAUACUUUGUGCAAUUUAUAAUCAAGAGGAAUCUGCAGGUGAACACGCAGGAUUACACAACACUACGAAGAGUCUGACAGAUAUUUUUCUUUGGACCAGGACAGCUUUUUGGAUUUAGUUCGGGUUUCAUAUAAGAAAGAGAUUUUGGGACUCGGAGGAGAUUAAGUGGCUACUAAACAUGUCUGCUGCGAGGCAGUCGCUAAGCGCUGCCCGGCUUUCCAUCAUACUGCUACUGUUUUCUGGAUUGGAGCUAACCCUAGGAAUUUAUGAAAAAAGUAGGUCAUCCCCGUCUCCUUGUUCGUGUAUCGGAGACCUAGUGGACUGUAGCAGAAGAAGACUGGAUAAAGUACCCGGAAAUCUCCCCAUGUGGAUAGUACAGAUGGAUUUGAGCAACAACAGACUAAAAUCUGUUGAAGCAAGCACAUUCCAAAAGCUUCACAACCUACGUGAAUUAAAAUUGAAUAAUAAUGAAUUGGAUUCCAUACCAGACUUGGGGCCAUUAUCUGCAAACAUUACACUCCUUUCUGUAUCAAAUAACAAGAUCGGAGAGUUGAUCCCAGAACAGCUGAAUCGUUUUCGAUCCUUGGAAACAUUGGAUUUAAGCAACAAUAAUAUUGUGGAGCUGAAGGCCACAUCAUUCACUCAGUUGCAGCUAAAAUAUUUGUAUAUUAACAGCAAUAAGAUUGCCUCACUGGAACCCGGUUGCUUUGACAGUUUGUCAAGUUCUCUCCAGAUUCUGAAAUUGAAUCGAAAUAGAAUUUCAUCUAUUCCUCCCAAGGUUUUCAAACUCUCCCAACUGCAACACUUGGAACUAAACAGAAACCGCAUUAAGAAGGUUGAUGGUCUUUCUUUCCAUGGAUUAAGCUCUCUGAAGUCUCUUAAAAUUCAGAGAAAUGGCAUUAGUAAACUCAUGGAUGGAGCUUUCUGGGGAUUGAGCAGUAUGGAAGUUUUGCAACUGGACUGUAACAAUUUGACGGAAGUCAGUAAAGGAUGGCUGUACGGCCUGUUGAUGUUACAGCAGCUCCACCUCGGCCAGAAUGCCAUCAGCAGGAUUGAACCUGACGCCUGGGAGUUUUGCCAGAAACUCAGUGAGCUGGAUCUCACCUCAAACCAGUUAACACGGUUAGAUGAAUCCAGCUUUGUGGGUCUCAGUCUGCUUGGCGAACUCCACAUUGGAAAUAACAAAGUGAGCUUCAUUGCUGAUGGCGCCUUCCGGGGUCUUUCCAGCUUAUAUACACUUGACUUGAAAAACAAUGAAAUCUCUUGGACCAUUGAAGACAUGAAUGGAGCUUUUUCUGCUUUGGACAAACUGAAAAAACUGGUUCUCCAGGGAAACCGUAUCAGGUCUAUCACUAAAAAGGCAUUCUCAGGACUGGAUGUGCUUGAGCACCUUGACCUGAACAACAAUGCUAUAAUGUCCAUUCAAGGAAACGCCUUUUCACAAAUGAAAAAACUUCAGGAAUUACACUUGAACACGUCCAGCCUGCUAUGUGAUUGCCAGCUGAAAUGGCUCCUUCAGUGGGUGGCAGAUAACCAUUUUCAGCCCUUCAUUAAUGCCAUCUGUGCCCAUCCCCAGCUGUUGAAAGGAAAAAGUAUAUUUAUUGUGAACCAAGAAGACUUUGUGUGUGAUGAUUUUCCCAAACCCCAGAUUACAGUGCAGCCUGAAACCCAGUCAGCAAUAAAGGGUUACAAUGUGAGUUUUGUCUGUUCUGCUGCAAGUAGCAGUGACUCCCCGAUGACCUUUGCAUGGAAGAAGGACAACGAGGCUCUGAAUGAUGCUGAAAUAGAGAAUUAUGCCCAUCUCAGAGCACAAGGAGGAGAAGUGAUGGAGUACACUACAAUUCUUCGGCUAAGAGAUGUUGAUUUUAGCAGGGAAGGCAAAUACCAGUGUGUAAUCUCCAAUCACUUUGGGUCGUCCUAUUCCACUAAAGCCAAGCUCACUGUAAACAUGCUUCCAUCAUUUACAAAAAUGCCCAUGGAUCUGACCGUCAGGGCAGGAGCAAUGGCCCGCUUGGAGUGUGCAGCAGUUGGACACCCUUCUCCUCAGAUAGCCUGGCAGAAAGAUGGUGGCACAGACUUCCCUGCUGCACGGGAGAGACGCAUGCAUGUGAUGCCUGAGGACGACGUUUUCUUUAUUGUCGAUGUCAAAACUGAGGACAUAGGAGUAUACAGCUGUACUGCUCAAAACAGUGCUGGGACGAUAUCUGCAAAUGCCACCCUAACUGUGCUGGAAACACCUUCUUUCAUGCGUCCUUUAAUGGAUCGAACCGUUGCAAAAGGAGAAACAGCCGUACUUCAGUGUAUUGCUGGUGGCAGCCCUCCCCCAAAAUUGAACUGGACAAAAGAUGACAGCCCAUUGGUUGUAACUGAAAGACACUUUUUUGCAGCAGGAAACCAACUACUUAUAAUUGUAGAUACAAAUGUGGAAGAUGCUGGAAAGUACACCUGCGAAAUGUCCAAUACGCUGGGAACGGAAAGAGGCAACAUUCAACUGAAUGUGGUCCCCAGCCCAAACUGUGACUCCACUCAAACUGUUGGCCAGACAUUAGAGGAGGAUGGCUGGACUACAGUUGGCAUAGUGAUCAUUGCUGUUGUUUGCUGUGUGGUGGGAACAUCACUUGUGUGGGUGGUCAUCAUAUACCACACAAGGAGACGCAAUGAGGACUGCAGUGUAACAAAUACAGAUGAGACUAACUUGCCAACAGACAUCCCCAGUUACUUGUCAUCCCAAGGAACAUUGGCUGACACACAAGAUGGCUACAUUCCUUCAGAAAAUGGCAGUCACCACCAGUUUAUGGCAUCCUCAAUUACUGGAUAUUAUUUACAACAAAGAGAUCUCAAUGGUAUGUGCCUAGAUACUGGGAGUGAAAUGGAUAUGGAGGCUGUCAUGGAUCCACUGCUGUGUCACUACCAAGGGACAAUAGGAUCUGUGUGUACAAGAGGAAAUUUGUAUGGCACUGACCCAUCUGAUGGAGCUUGCUUCAAUGGUUGUACCCCUGAUGAGAGACCUGUUUGCAUUGAGCCUUAUGAAGGAAACAUUAAGUAUUGUAAGUCAAAGGAAUACUAUCCUUGCACACACCCCCUGGAGGACCCCUUUGACCAAGCUGCUGCCAGCAUGCUAAUGCAGUUGCCAAAUGGGUGCCUCCACAGCUCAGUUCACACACAGAAUGAAGGAUCCUCAGCUGACAGUGACAUUCCAGACUUCAAUAGAAAUCGAGAGAGAAUGCCACCCAACACCUUCAUGGGAACAUUUGGAAAGUCUUUAUGGAGGCCACAACAAGAGUUUUAUUCAGCUCCUUACAACCCAAUGACAUUACAUGAAAAUCCUUAUGCUACAGUGGACACAGACUCAGAGCCUGAGGAGGAGAAUGUUUUAGACUGUGCUGACUCUACAAAUGGACAGAGCAUGGACAUCUAUGAACAGCCUUUUAAUAACCAUCUGACUGACACUUUUAAACCGUACAGAAUAAGUACAUAGCGGAAUAUGUAUGAACUUUUUAUUAAGGAAAAAAAAACUACCUCAGUUGAACUGUGCUCAAGCAAUUUGAACAAAUGAUUUGCAAUCAUUUGGUGAGAAUGUAUAGCAACUUACGAACUAUGAAAAAGAGGAUCUUUUAAAACAUGGAACAACUUCCUUUAAGAAGAGUGUUUAUUGUCAUUGUUAAUUUUAUGCAUUUUAUACAAAUUUCUAUAAUUUUUGUUAAUGAAUAGUGUAAAUAGGACCAUAAGUAUUUCCCUUAUUUUUGUAAUGCAAGAUGAUAAAAAAAAAAAGAUAAAAUUACUACAUGAUGUUUAUGAAACAACUUAUUAAGCUUCUGAUAAAUUUAGGCAAGUUUUGCACAUAUUCACAAUAAAACAUCUUUCCUUGUGCUGCUAUAAACAUUUAAAAA